ACAUAUGUUCCUCUUUAGUAGUUUGUAAACUGUAAAGUACGAUAUGAAGUACUUAGUUCUUCAUCUAUUCCUUAUCAGUUUUACAUGAUUAGUUAGUAGUGAAAUUAAAAAAAAAACAGUUUUGUUUAGUAAUGUAGUUGUUGAAGUUUAAAUGGCUAGAUUUAACUGUAUAUAUUUUAUAUGUUGUGAAAAAUUAAGGACUAAUCACCAAUAUAGAUGAACAAAACAUUACUCACAAGUCUUUCAUUAACAUUACUAAAAUUUAAAAAAAUAAAGUGUCAAAAUGGAUAGUGAACAAAUUACUGUAACUUCUACAGAUAGGGAAUACAAGAAGAAGAGAGUGGAGGAAUUGGGCAGUACUCUUGCAAAAAUCCGUGCUCGAGUCAAAGCGAAUCGAGGAUCUGCUGCAAAAAAUGAUGAUGAAGUUCAGUCAUCUGGGGGAAGUAAGGUCUCGGAGGAUUCCGAGAGAACAGCUCUUACUACAAAACUUGAGGAGGACAGGGUCCGAUUCAGUAAACAUCAGUCUGAAAAAGCUAAAAUUAAAGAAGCUAUGGAUCAAAUAAUGAUUGAUCGAGAAGAACAAAAAAAAGUGGAAAAACAGUUACAAGAAGCUAUUGCUAAAGUGACUGCUCCUGCACCUGAAUUACCACCUCUUAUUAAACAGCGAAUAAUUGAUUUGGAAACAUCUGUGGAAACUCUGAAGGAAAGGCUUUAUGAAAAAGAUAAAGUCCUAUCCAGCAAAUCUCAAGCCCUGACUGUUCUUCAUAAUCAAUUGAUGCAGAGAUCUCAGGAACAUGCCGAACGAGCGAUGGCGAUCACACAGGAAAUAUCUGCAUUAAAAGAAGAUUUUGGUAAAAGGGAAGAGAAUUGGAAGAAAGAAAUGCUGAGGUUAAAAAGCAGAGAAGAAGAACUUGAACAAAGGCUUGCCGAGAAGGAAUCACAUACUGCUGAUGUGGAGUCAUUGCAAAUGGAAUUGGCUCUGAUUAGACAAAGCUUAAGCAAUACUACCAACAAAAAUGAAGAAUUAUCUAACAAAAUGGAGACUGCGAAUAAAAUAAAUUUAAAACUUAAAGCUCAGUUGAAGGCAGUGAAACAGGAAAGGGACAAAUUUAAAGAGAGCCUAGAGAGUUCAGGAGGUGUGGAAGCGUUGAAGAAUCAAAUAGCUGUUUUGGAAGAAGAAAAAGGUAACCUCCAGUUGCAACUGGUAGACUUUGAUGAUAUUAAAGAAUCUUUGCAGUCUGCUUCUCUAAGGUCUGAUACCUUAGAAGAAGAGAUGAGUAAAUUGAAAGAAAGUCUGAAACAUCUAACGGAAGAAAAGGAAGCUCUUUUAAAAGGUCUUGAUGAAGCCAACCAAGCAACUGAUCAUCAAAUGAGUGUCAUUGAGCAGUUAAAAAUGACAUUAAAAGAGGUCGAAGAACAAAAAAUUUCAGCUGAAAUGAGAUCUAUAGAAGUAGAAGAGAAGUUGGAAGGAUUACAAAUGAGCUCAAGUAAACAAAUGGAGCAACUGUUGAGUGAAAUAUCUAUCAUAAAAAAUCAAUUUGAUGAGCAAAAUGUACUUGUUGAUUCUCUUAAUAACAAACUGUCUCUGAAGGACCAAGAGAUUGCUGAUAUCAAAGGUAAUAACUUCCCUGCUGAAAUAGAUACUGAAACAAGAUUAAAGGAAAUAGAAUCUUAUAACAGUGAACUCGUCGAAAAGAUUCGGGAGCUGCAGUUGAAAUGCGCGGGCCACGAGCAGGCUGUGGUACAGCUGAAUGAAUCAUUGAAUGAUCGAAAUGAAACCAAUAAUCAAUUAAGAUCAAAGUAUGAUCAGGCUAUUGCUUCUUUGAACGAUACCAAAAGGAUUAUAGAAAAUUUACAAGUUGAAAAUGAAAAGUUAAAAUCUACUGAGAGUAUGCUCAAAAAGGAAAAGCCGUCUAGUGAAGGUGUUCCUGUAAAUACAGAAUCCAAAGAAGAUCCUAAUCUCACUCAGAAAUUCAAAAAGCUCGCUGCUAAUUAUAAAAUUCGUACAAAACUCUGUCAAGAUCUAGAAGAAAAAUUGAAAAAUUUGAACAAUGUUUUAGAAGAAAAAGAUAAAGCACUGUUGCAACUUUCUGAACAGAGGACUGAAUUAAAAUCAGAAAUAGACACAUUAAAAAGUAAAGAACAGGAAUUAAGCCUUGAAGUAGAAAAAGUUCAAUCUAAAAAUCAUAAACUCUUAGCUAUAAUUGAAGAUUUAACACCUAAAUUAGAAGCAUUAGAAGCAGAGAGGUCAGCUGCACUUAUAAAUGUCGAUAAAAUGAAUAAAGCCUUCGAAGAGUUGAAGGAAUGGAAGGAAGGUGAUUCUAAACUGUUGAAAGAACACAUUACAAGUGUCAAUUCAAUGGCUAGUCAUGUUUUACUUUUAGAAGAUGAACUUGGAAAGUUGCAAUCCAUUGUUAACGAAAAGAACACCAUGAUUGGGGAUCUCGAGACUGAGAGAAAAAAAUUGGGGGAAGAUAUGAAGAAUAGUGAAGUUGAAUUAGAAAGAUUAAGGGUAUUAUACCAACAAGAAUCUGUUAAGAACCAAAAUGUUUUAACCAACUUGGAGGGACUAGAAUCUGAAAUGCUGGUUAGUCGUAAGGAAAUGGACAUGAUAGCUGAACAAUUGGAUGCUGUUACCAAGAACUACAACAUGUGCCUUGGGAAUCUACAGGAAAGGGAAAAUUAUAUUGAAGCUCUCGAGCAAGAUAUUAUUGGAAUGAAAUCUAAGAUGUAUAAUUUAGAAUCUGGUAUCGAGGAUAAACACAGAAUGUUACAAGAAAGAGGAAAUCAGCUGUCAGCCAAACUAGAGCAAGCUGAAAUACUACGUCAUGCCUAUGAUAAGUAUCAGGUGGAAAUGGAAAAGAAAUUCAAGCUCAUGGAAGAAAAUGAAAAGUCCCUCAAGACUAACAUUCUUUUGUUGCAAAAUGAAAUAGAAAUUCUCAAAAAUUCAAAUUCAGAACUUAUGAAGGAAAAAGAAGAAUAUGAAACUGAAAAGUCUAAAAUGGCUUCCGAAAUAAAUACACUUAACGACAUAAGGAAUUCAUACAAUUCAACAUUAGACAGAAUUGAAGUGUUAAAUGAGGAAUUGAAACAAGUAAUGGAUGAAUUUGAAGCUAAAAAUCAAGAACUAAUAAAACUUAGUGAGGAAAGAGCAGAUUUAUUUAAUAAAUUAACUGAUUUAGAAGAGUCUUAUGCUGAUUUGAAAAGCCAAUUAUCUGAAUCAGAAGAAGUCACUAAUAGGCUUCAGAAUGAACUAGCUAAGAAGGAAAAUUUAAUAAUCGAAUUACAAAAUGAAAUAUCAAAUCUCAAAGCUGUAGUUGGAGAAGAAAAAUAUAAUAGUGAAAGUAAAUUAAACACAGCAACAGAUAUGGCUCCACUACAAAAAGAACAAAAUGUUACCAUGUUUUCUUGGGAUGACCACAGUCAUCAAUCGGUAUCCAAAGGUGAGGGAGAUGGGAUCAUGACCGAAUUGGAAGAAAAGAAAAAGUCAUUGGAAGCUGCACAACAAGAAAUCGAUAAUUUACAAUUCAUAUAUAAUUCAAAGUUAACUGAAAAAGAUAGUGAAAUUACUUUACUCCAAGAGCAAGUAAACAAACUCCUUUCUGAUAAGAGUGUUUCCGAUUCUGACUUAAAAUCUCCAUCUGAGGACAGCCUUGUUAAAAAAGAACAAGAUGUUCAAGUGUUUUCAUGGGAACAGCAUAGCCAUGAAGUCAGUAAAGAAGACGAGGAAGGCUGGGGUUGGAUUGGUGCUGAAGCACAUCUUGAACAAGAUCACAAACAUUCUGAGGCUCUUCAGAUACAGACACUGACUCAGAGAGUUAAGGAGCUAGAAGAAGAGCAGAAGAGUCUGACGGAUAAACUUGCUUCGUCUAAGAUCAAGUGUGUUAAACUUUUGAAGAAGCUGAAAGAAAUGGAAGCAAUAAAUGAACAAUCCAAAAAUGAGAGAAUGGUAGGUUUCAGUGACCUUGAUUUUGCCCUUCAAGAAGAGCUAAGAUCACAAUUAGAUAAACUCGAAUUGAAAAACAAGGAACUUUCAAAUGAAAUAAAUGCGUUGAAAUCGGAAAAAGAAAAUCUUUUAAAGAAAGUGGAAGUUUUUUCUAAUGCAAAUGACCAACUUAUAGAAAUGAAAGAGCGACAAGAUAUUGAAGUACAGAUGUGGCAGAAAAGAAGUGCUGAACUGAAAAAUGAAUUACAGGGUCUUCAGUGGACUAUCGAAGAACUCAAAUCUGAUAUGCCAUCUCAUAAUAAGGGAGAAGAUGAACUAUCUGAAAAAUUCAACGCUUUAGUUGUCGAAAAUGAAGAACUCCAACGAAUCAUAUGCAACUUAAAAGAUGGUCGACCUAUUGGCAGCCCAGAGACUGCCGUAGAAUUGAAUUCAUUGAAAGAGGAACUGAAGAAACUAAAAGAAAUUAGAAUAAAAGAAAAAGAAACAUAUGACAGUGAAACAAAAAAAGCAAAUGAAGAAAUAGACGCUUUAGAACUCCAAAUUGAUGUUUUGACUAAGGAAAACCAUGAAUUAAAUAAAAAAUCAAUGCAAGGUAUUAGUUUGAAGCAGGAGGAAAUCUCGUCUUUAUCUGCUCAAAUUCAGAUAUUAAAUGACGAAAAUGAAAAACUUAAAGAGAAAUUGACAACUUCGCUUGAUACAAAUACUGCUCAAGAAAGUGACACUUUGAAGAAAUCCGAGUUCGAAGUCCAAUUAAAUAUUGCUAAUGAAGAAAUAAGAUUACUUAAAGCGGUCAUUGAUGAGAAGUCAAUUGAAAAUGAUACCGUUAAAGUUCAAUUAACUGAAUUUAAAAAUGAAACAGAACAACUUUUAGAAAAAAUUCAAGCUCUGGCGAUAGAAAAUUCUCAGCUAAAAGAAAAAUUGGAAUCAUAUUCGAAACAGCUGACAACUUCUCAGAAAGAAUCUGAAGACGUAGGUGGUCUCAACAGUCAGCUAAACGAUACUAGAAACGAAUUGGCGAUGCUUCAGAACAAGAUAGAUUUCUUAGAGAGUAGUAAUAAUAACUUACAAGAGCAAUUAAAAGCUAUUAAUGAGUCUGCUGCAUCAGAAAUCGCUCAGCAUGUCGAUAAAUUACGUAAAAGCUUUGAAAUGAUUAGUGAAUUAGAAAAUGGUCUAAAGGUUGCUCAAGAAAUCAUGAGUAAUUUGGAAAGUUGUAUUGAUGAUUUAAUAUCUAAAAUGCAGAUCACUACACCAUCAAAUAAUAUUGUUGAAAAAUUAAAAGAAGUCAUCAAUGUUGUUUUCUCUGAAAUUGAUAAAAAGAAAAAUUUAGAAAAAGAAAUUUUAUCACUCAAAGAAGAAUUAGCCAAAUAUUCCAAAAAAGAAGAAACUUCUGUUGAUGCAGCAUCCCUUCCCGUCUUUAAGGGAUUUUCUUCUUUCACUAACGAUCCCUUUGAUACUAUUGCCGAAACUAAAACUAGCCAUCAAUCAGGCGUAACAUUAGAAAGCAGGCCUGAUACAACACAUUAUGAAAAUAAGAUUUCUAAACUUGAAGAAGAAAAAACCUUAUACCAAAGUGAAAUAAAAGAUUUAACGAAUCAGUUAUCUGGCUUACAAGCUCAUAUUAACAAAAUCAACACUGACUAUACAAAACAGAUCGAUGAGAUGAAAUUGAAAUUAGAAAGAUCUGAGGCAGAAAUCAAUCAUUGGAAAGAACAAGUAAAUUCUUUGAACCAAGAUGUUAACCGUUUAGUUCAAAGGCAUAAUCAGGAAAUAGAAGAUUUGAGAACGAAUGACGAAAGAUCGAGAGAAAAGUUACUAGAAAUCGAAGAGAAUUAUCAGAACACUUUGUUAAAUAAGGAACAAGAAAAUAAAAAUUUAAGACAAAGUUUAUUAGAGAAAGAACAACAGUUCUCAAACUCUGUUAAUGAAUUGAAUAGUUUACAGACCCAAUAUGGAUUGAUUUCUCAACAGAUAUUCUCUUUAGAGAAUCGCGUGAGAGAUCUUACUAAAGAAAAUGAAGAACUUCAAAGAGAGCUUGAUAAAUCAAAAAGUAAUGAAAACACCGUAAUCGAAAAACAAAAAGAAGAAAUUCAUGAACUGAUGGCCAGGUUGGAGUAUAUGAGCCAGUCGCAAAAUAUCCAAAAGAGCGAUAAUGAAGAGUAUCUGAGGUCCCAAUUGAUGGAAUUAAGUAACCACUUCAAGGCUUUGGAAGCGUCAAAUAGUGAAUUGCAAAGAGUCCUAACUAGUCAAGCCGAAGAAAUUACCUUAUUAAAGACAAGUAUUUCAGAUCUAGAACAGAAAAAGAAAUAUCUAGAAUCUGUAAUAUCUGAGAAACAAAAAGAAUUACAUAAUGUUACAAGCAGCAUGAGUCAACAGCAGGAAAAUCAGCAACCCAAUUAUUCCAUUGUAAAUAAUGCCGAAAUAGAAAAAUAUGUUACUCUCCUCAAGCAGAAGGAUCUUGAAAUCGAAAGGGUAUCAAAAGUUCUUCUCGACACUCAAGAGAGGUUGGUCCAAGUGCAAGACUCUAAGCCAAAUGAUAAAGUUCUCUCGCUACAAUUCAAAUUGGAUCAAGUCCUGUACACACUCCAUGCUCGAGAUGUCCGUUGUGACGAACUUACACAAGAAAUAAUGCAGCUUCUUGAAGAAAGAGACAUUCUUCAAUUAAGACUGUCAGAAAGCUUAAGGGAAAAUGAUAUUUUGAGGCAAGGCAAUAUGGACAAACCUUCUUCCCCUUCUCCAGAACUUCAAAAUAAGCUUGGAGAACUGCAUAAAGGAUACAAGAGAGACCCAGUCGUGCAGCAGGAAAUGGAGAGUCGCCAUAAUCAACAAAUGAACCUUUACUCUCCAGAAGAUGAGAACAAAGAUACAAGUGUGGACUACGGGAUUUUCAACUGGUUUUUCAGUUCUCCAACGUCAGGUUCAUCACAGCAGUGACAGUGAAGUAACCUUUCAUUCCAAAGUUCGAUACUUUGGCUCGAAAAUUUAUGAUAGAUGACAAUAUUGAAUGAGACACUGGACUGAUUACUACCACAUUUACAGUCUCUGUUGUAAAGAUAUUGUGUGCCCUAAGCAUAUUGUGAUCGCCCUAGUCUUAAGAGUUUAUAACAUUUCCAAAGUACUAUCUUACUUUCCAACUGAUUUGAAAAGUGCAUUUUGUUAUUUGAAUUGUUUUUAAGGGAUUAGCGAGUGUAUAAGCUAUUUUUAUUUUUGUUAUAUUGUUUGUUAAUAUUCAAAUUUUAUUCUUCUUGUAUUUUAAUUAUUUAUUAAUUGUUGUUACGACAAGGAAAAAAAAAUAUGCAAUCAAAAUGUUUAUUUAUGCAUAGAAUUUCGUGUUCUUAAUUAUUCAAAUGUCCACUUUAUAAACGUAAUGUGAUAAAAAUGAAUUAUUAUUUCACGAUUAGCCAAAUUGUAUAAAUAAUUUGAGAAGCAAAUUAAAAUAUUUUUUUCUAUAUUUACGAGAUUUAUAAAUUAUAUAUGGAUUUCUGUCAAAUCAAUAAUACUUGUAUAAAUUCAAAUGUUAACUUUUCAGUCAUAGUCUCCCAUUA